GGAGGAGGAAGGAGGAGGACGGUCGGGUAAGGCUGCUGCAACCCAGGUCUUGCAAGGCGGGCCGGCGCAACUUGGACGGGACUUUGGUUGCGGGGCAGGGAAGAGCACCGCUGCUUUCUCUUGACCAUGUGCUCCAACACUUGUGGGCCUCCUGGCUCCCAGGACCCUUCCUCUGCACGGAAGCUAUGCGUCCAGCUGCUGCUUCUGGGUUUUCUCUUCCCCGCUUGGCUAGGAGCUGUGGAGAUCAAGGUCUCCGAAGAGCCCGUGGUGGCCCUCGUUGGCCACGACGCCGUUCUCCACUGUUCCUUCUCACCGGAGGCUAAUUUCAGUCUGGACGAGCUCAGCCUCUUCUGGCAGGUGACCGACACCAACCAGCUGGUUCACAGCUUCACGGAAGGCCGGGACCAGCUGGCCUAUCAGGGCAGCACUUACGCCAACCGCACUGCCCUCUUCUAUGACCAGCUGGCCCAUGGCAACAUGUCGCUGCUGCUACGCCGAGUGCAGAUUUCCGACGAAGGGAGUUUUACCUGCUUUGUCAAAGUGCGGGACUUCAGCAGGGCGGCUGUUACUCUUCAAAUGGCAGCUACCUACUCCAAGCCAAAUGUGAAUUUGGAACCCAGCAAGAACCUGAAGCCAGGUGACCUGGUCAAAGUGAGAUGCCACAGCUUUUCAGGGUACCCUGAAGCUGUUGUGCUCUGGCAAGAUGGCCAGGGGAACAACAUCACUGACAAUAUCACCACCUCCCAGGUGGCCAACGAGCAGGGACUCUUUGACGUCCAGAGUAUCCUGCAGGUGGUGCUUGAGCCUAACAGCACCUACAGUUGCCUGAUCAAGAAUCCUUUGCUUCAAGAGGUGACCCAGGCUUCCGUCUCCAUCACAGGACAACACCUUCUGUUUCCAGCAGUAGCUCUUUGGGUCACAGUGGGGUUGUCGAUUUGUCUUGUCAUCCUUCUGAUCGUCCUGGCGUACGUGUGCCAGAAGAAAAUCCGUCAAAGUUGCAAAGAGGAGAAAGCGAAAGCCGCCUUGCAACCGCUGAAAAACAUGGAUGUCAAAGAAGAUACGGCUGAAGAAAUCGAUUGACGAUAAUGGAGUUGUGCUAAGGCACCUCUCAAGGCUGAAGUUGGCAAGCCAACCUCUUGAGAACUUUCUCCAGCAUAGAUCAUAGAAGAGGCAAGAGUGAAUUGCCCGGUGUUCUUCCUUGAAGCCUACAACUCAAAGCUUCUUACAGACUCUUGCCUUCUCCACAGACCUGGCCCUCCCACCGUGGACUGAGAAAGAGGCUGGAACUCAACUUAGUCCUUGCCGGCUCUAUCCUUGCCCCAAGCUUGAGAUAGCCAAGGUCCUUCUUCAUCCAAUGUAUCCAAGGCUACUUAUUCUUCUCCCUGUUGACCUUACAGGGCAAAAACUGAUCUCUAUCCUCCCAGGGAUCAUAAUUUAGAUCCACACAAAGAUCCCACAGUCAGGCUAGACAACAUGAUCCAGCUCAGAACUUCAAGUUUGACUGUAGUUCUUCUCUUCUACCUGCAAUCUCCCCUUCCCCCAUGGGAAUUUGCCCGCUGGGUUUUAAGCCGCUGCCUCUGGGAACAGUUUUCUUCUCUCGCUGCACCCAAGAAGCAAAAUUAGUCUGGGAUUUGGCCAAGAGACUAUCUUAGUAUCUCUGGCAUCCUGGCAAAGUUUAUGUCACAUGCAUCACGGCCAAUUUGCCACUACCAACUCCCCGCAAGACAACUCUCUGCAGGACAAGAGUUAUACUCAUAUCAAAGAAAUGGUGGAAUAGAAUAAUUAAAGAACGGGGGCAAAAGGAGACGCAAAAUGAAAUGCGAAUGAUAAAAAGUAAAGUGAUUUUUUUAAAUUUAUUUUAAAUAAUUAAAUUGAAUUGUUCAAUAGUCCUGCAGUGAGUUGUCCCACAGCAAGUUGGCCAUGGCAGCAAAUUUUUUUUCGAGUUGUCCAUUUCUGGUGUCAGACUGCCCCGAUGCGAUCCUUUAGGGAAGUAAAACCCUCGACUCCAUUUGGUUGAAGUGAAAAGAACUUUUAAUAAAAGGCUUUUACAGUUCGCCAUUCCUUCCCCUCAAGUCCAGUUCAUCGUUGACCAAUCCGGUAUUGCCACAAUGUUUUGAGAAAGGCUGGGGUGUUUUGGGGACCCUGGAAUUUCACCCCGUCCCCCCCAGGACAAAAGGCCUUGAAGAUCCCAGGCACAACCAACCUGAACUACUGUGCUCUUCUUCACCUGUCAUUCCCCGCUCCCUAAUUUCCACCGUUGAUGUGUACAGGUGUUCAUUACCCAAUUGGUUCCUCCUUCCUUUCUCCUCCCUUCCCUUUUUAAUGGCAGGACGCCAGCGAGGUGCCAAGCCGAAGUGUGCCUCAAAACUUUUUUUCUGCUGGGAACUUUCAAAAACUGGGGUGCAUCAAAGAUAGCACAAGGGAAACAGAUGCUUGACCUGAGGGCACACAUCUUCUUUUAUAGCCAUCAGUAAACACUGUCAACAUUAGGAGUAAGGUUCCUUUUUAAACACAAUAACUUAG